AUGUCCUACACAUCCAAACUUCCCGUGUCCUGGAAUGAUACGCCUCCCCCUCGGAAGGUGGAAAUUGACCUGAGUUCACCUGGAUUGGCGGUGUUUGAGUUGGAAAGACUCUUGUUUACAGGCAAAGCAAUCAUCAGCCAUGCAGACGAAGUGUGGCCAAGGCUUUAUAUCGGUGACCAGAACAGUGCAGAGAACCGGGCCGAUCUCACCAAGCAUCGAGUCACACACAUCCUGAAUGCAGCUCACAGCAAACGGGGGGUGCAGCCAGACAUCUACGAGUGCAUGGAGAUCACAUACAUGGGAGUAGAGGCUCAUGACUCCUGUGGCUUUGACAUGAGCGUCAACUUCAGGGCAGCAGCAGACUUCAUCCACAGGGCUCUCAGCAGAGGAGGCAAAGUGUUGGUGCACUGCCAUGUAGGAGUGAGCCGCUCUGCCACCCUGGUCCUGGCUUACCUGAUGCUGAAGCACAACCUGAGCCUCGUGGAGGCCAUUUGUGCGGUGAAACAAAACCGGGGGGUCAUCCCUAAUCGAGGUUUCCUCCGACAGCUCAUCAGACUGGACGGCCAGCUCUUUGGCAAACACUGAACGCUGCUGGGUAGCAUGUUGAGCAGAUCCAGAACAUGAGGGAAAUAACAUGACAAUCGGUGCUACAGAAACAAUAUCACAUCAAAUACAUAUUUUAUUAAAAAAAAGCAGUUUCUUUACAAGUCCAUGUGUGCAAAGUGUCUAUUCUGAGAGACUAGUUGUGAGACAUGUUUCCAUAUGUUUCUGUUUCAAUGAGUUUCAGAGAUAUUACUAAUCUUUUCAGCAUCUGUUGAGCUGCCUCUUGUUGCAUUCUGAACUGAUUUAAUCCCUGCUUUUUUCUUUUAUGGGCAAGGCUUAAUUUUCUUGACCUGAUCAGCUUUUAAAUGCCAUCAGUUACCUCAGGCUCUGUUUGAUUCUGCUUGUCUUUUUUGGCUUCAAGUUGCUUUAUCCACAUGAACACAUUUCAAUACAAUGAGCCAAUCUGCUUUGUUUAUGUCCUCUGAGAGGGAAGCUUUGCUUUAGUUUUCAGAGAUCUGAUUUUUUAUGUAUAGGGCAUAUGCAAAAGAAAUGUUCUUGUUAGGUGCAAGUAUCACAGAAUGAUUGCUAAGAUGGUAUUCUCCCACUUUUGCUCAU